GUCAACGAAACCGUCUCGAGCCGAGCGAACGUCGCUGUUCCAGCUCGCAUCCGAAAGAUACAAAAGCCAAACGGCUGAACGUGCGCCGGUGUUGGUGAUACCACUCGUAGUGUGCGUGUGCGUGUGUGUGUGUGAGUGCGAUGAGAUUGCCGGUUUGAGAUUUGUGUCUUUCUACCUGUGCCGCAGCAGUGUUCUUUUUUGUUGCUCUUUUUAUUGCGGCUGAUAUAAGAAUUACACACCCAUACGAAAAGAAUCUAUCGAAUGGUAUGCAAAAUAGCAGCGACUUCGAAGCAACGAACCCAAAAGCGAACCCCCCCUAAAAGAAAACGAAUUGGAUAAUUUCUUUGCCAAACAACAGAGAAUUUGGCAUCAGUUUGCCAGGCAACAGGCAACUUUAACGAACUUCUACGAACUUCAGAUACAAAAGUAUCUCAGAACCAAAAGGGAGAUACAGAGCGCCAGUGGAGAGUGGAUAAAGGACGCCUAUGCCGUGGGCUCCUGCAGCGCCGUCGACCAUCUGACCACCAGCGAUGCCCUGAGGAAGAGCAUGCGACGUUCCUGGACCAUAUCGAACCCCGAGGACGACCCGAACAAUCCCAAUUCCCAGCAGCCGGUGGCCGACAAUCUGUACCCACAGCAGCAGCACCUAAUCGAGGCCCAGUCCGCUGGCAGCUAUCCGACCCUGCACCAGCCGCACCAGCAUCAGCACCAGUUGCCGCAGCAGCCCCGUCCGGUGCACGGGCUCGGCUACAACAGCGGCACUGCCACGCCCACGACCAGCAGCAAGUGGCAGCUGGGGCGUCGGGUCCUGCGACAGUCCACGCUGCCGAGCACCCUCAACAACGACCCCAAUCUGAGCGGAAGUGGCUCGAACCUGGCCAACUACAAUUCCGUGAACCUCACGGCGCCCACAUCGCCGCAUCAGCAUCAGAAGAGUCCGCUCUAUCCGGGGGCCUACAACAGCGACGACAUUAUCCAAAUGAACACGGCAGCCGGAGUGACAGUGGGCGUAGGUGUGGGCGUGGGCGUUGGGGCAGGAGGAGAUUGCGACAACUACGCACAACAGCAGCAGCAGCAGCAGCAGCAGCAGCAGCCGCAGCUGGAGGUCACGCCCACGCACCACCGUCUGCAGGUGCGGCGACAGUCAACGCUGCCAGCACAGCCCACGCCAGCCAUUUACAUGUCCACCUCCCCGAACCGCUACAGCCGCUCCCCGGAGCGGUCUCCGGGCGAGCAGCAGCGCUAUCCGCCCUUCAUGCGCCAGACCUCCUUCCCGGAGCCGCCGAGCACCUACCACCGCACAAAGCUGCUGCCCAGCACCGCCAAUCUUCCGGCAUCGCAGUCCCAGCAGCCGCCAGUGUCGGUGUCCGGCCCGGGACCAGCGCCACCCCUCAAUUACGAGUCGCAGGCCUCGAGCAUGGCCAGCGAUGAGCUGGACUACACACAGCCCGCACAGGGAGGACCGGGACCGGGAUCGGGACCGCUGCCCAAGCCACGGAUGACGCGCCAGGCCACGCUUCCCAAUCCGGAGCAGCACGUGAAGCUGCUGCCGACGUCGCCGCCCAAGCGCCAGACUUCGCCGCAGUAUCGCCGCUCGCCGGAGUUCAUGCGCCAGCAGACGCUGCCCAAUCCGGAGGCCUUCAGCAGCGGCAACACCCUCACGGUGCACUCCACGCCCCCCGCCAAGUUCAUGCCCAUCUCGCCGCGAGCCAAGCAGAACUUCCUGUUCCCCAACGUGCAGAAUCCGCGUCCGUUCCUGUCUCAGCAGAAUGUGCCCACCGUGGGCACCACGGAUCUGGGCAGCGGCGGCAGCGUGGCCAGCACGGGGGUGGGCGCUGGCGAGCAGUACUCCAGCAGCCAGAGCGUCAACAUCCAUCACACCCGGGAUCCGCACUCGAAGAUGAUCAAGGUGCGCAGCCACAGCAACGAGGAGUACUCCAAUGCGAAGACGCAUGUGGAGAACCGGCGCCUCCUGCCGGAGAUACCCACCGUGCAGAGGGCGACGAGCCGCUCGCCCAGCCGUCUGGUGCGCCAGGACUGCCUCAAGGAGGAGCACGGGUCGCGCACCUUCGGGGAGGCCAAGCAGCAGUUCCACCAGUUCCCCGACGUCACCGAGGAGCUGGAGAGCCGGCCCGAGUACGUCGACUACUUUGGCGACAGCUCCAGCAGCUUCCUCGAGUCCGACGAGGUGCAGUACGAGAAGAACUACAACGCGGGCUUCAGCAGCGAGCCGCGCAUCAUCUACAACAAUGGCUCCGACGACGGCAGCUACAAGCAGGCCCACCACCAGCGUCCCAUCUACAGCGCCGAGAAUGUCCUGGCCGACUCCGGCUAUGGCGGUGGCGGAGGCCUCGGUGCGGGCGGCAUUGGUGUGGGCGGUGGAGUGUCCAACUACUAUCCGGACAUGAGCACUCCGCAGGGAUUCUACGGAGGGGCUGCUCUGCCCCGCACCCCGCUCAUGCACAACCGGCUGCGUCGCCGUCAGUCGCGGGAGCUGCAAAUGCAGCAGGAGGAGCUGGCCCAGCUCAGCUCCCAGGCGGAGGUCCCCGGAGUGGCCGAAAGUUUCUCCAUCGCAGCAGGCGCCACACUGGACGUGCAUGCCGCCGAGCGACGCAAGCCGGAGCAAAUGCGCUCAGUGUCUGAGGAUUCGGGGGCCAAGACCACUCCGAAGCCUGUCACACGUCGCUCCUUCUCGCAUCCCGAGAAGGACACUCAGCAGCCACCAAAGAAGUUGGAAACCUCAAAGAUACCCAGCCCCCGACCGCUGGCCGACAUUCUGGACAAGUCGCGUGGCAUCUCGAAGAUACCCCAGCCAAGGCGCCGCAACAGCCGCACAGGCAUCGGCGAGGCAGAGGACGGUAGCACGCCCCAGCACAUUUACUCCUUCCAUCAACAGCUUAUGCAUAGAAACUCUGAUUUAGCCAUGCGUCUGAAAAAAACAGAAAUUCCUCCUGUCGUCACAGUAGCUAGCGCCGAGGAGAAACCUCAGCCUCAGUCUCCGCCCCAGCCGGAGUCCGGUUCGGGGACGGGGACGGGCACGGAACAGCCGGCCAACGGCAAAUCCCUCGAGUCCUCGGCCAUCACAGAAGCCAGCGACGCAAACGCCCCAUCGGGCGCCGCCCAUACCAGCAAACUGGGCGAACAGGAGCUGCAGAAUGCAGUGGAGGCCGCAGCCGUUGUCUUCAAGAAAGUGGUCCUGCAGCGCCGCCAGGAAAAGGAGAAGGAGAAGGCCGCCGAGGAAGCCUUGCAGCUGCCGACCGCUUCCGGUGACACCAGCAGCGGCAUGGACGCCAUGGAAACGUCGUCGUCGUCGGAACUCGAUUACAGGUGCAGCACAUCGCACGGCCUGCAGCAGCAGCAGUCGCAGUACAGCGUCGAAGCGGACGAGUUCAAGCUCGUAUUUCUAAACUCGGACUCGUCGUCUUCCUGCCGCGAGGAGGAGGAAGAAGAGGAGGAGGACGACACGGAUUCCUCCUGCUCGACGCACCACUGCCACAGCAUCGUGAGCAAUGUGGAGGACUGCGACUGGGAUUACUUUGAGCCGUCCAUGAUAGCCUCCACCACGACGACCACGACGAUGAUUGCCUACACGGCCACGCCCACACCGCCGCCACGUAUACGACGCCGCUCCAGCGACAGUGAUUCGCCGCUCCUGCAGCGACGCCACCAGCAGCUGCGCGCCUACUGCCCCCGGAUCCGGGAGAGCGACACGGGCACGGACGAGGAGCUUCUCCUGCACACGGAGAGCAGCUCCCAGACCAGCUCCGAUCAGACAGCCCCCCCUGUGCCGCCGCCCCCGCACCCGAUGAGCAUGAAGACGCGCAUCAAGACGCGGUUCCUAAAGAGCCACCAUCACCACCAUCAUCAUGCUCCGAGUCGCUGUGGCUGCAGUGCCUCCGCCCCAUCCCCGCCAAUGCCGCCGCAACAGCCACAGUAUGUGCCCAUACCGGUGCCCGUGCCCAUACCCGUGCCCAUGUCCGCCUACCAGAACUGGCAGCUGGACUAUCCGGGCACCGCAGGACCGCUGCUGGAGCAGGACGACCCGCUGGCCGCCUCGCUGCAGCAGCUGUGGCAGGCCGCAGCGGCACUGGGCGGUUUCAAGUCUUCGGCUCUGGCCGGCUUCAAGUCUUCGGCGCCGGAACUGAGCGCCUCGCUGGGCUCCCUGAUGACGCAGUCGCUGUGCUCCACUGCCUCGUCGUCUUCCUCGACCACGUCGGGAUACGGGACGGCGGCGGGACGCAGCCUGGAGACACUGACCGGCUGUCUCUGCCCGGCAGCCCGGGCUGCCAACUCGUUGCAACAGCGCCAACAGCAGCAGCAGCAGCAGCCCCAAAUGGCUAGCAGCAGCAGCAGCAGCAGCACUGCUUCAAAGCCAACAAGUUUAGUAUCGUCGCGCCUUCCGUCGAGUGAGCAUCAGCGAGCGCGUCCACCGGUCGAAUCACAGCCACAUCCACAUCCACGUCCGAGCAACGACAGCGAAACGGACGACAGAAACGCAACGCCCACCACUGGGGGGAGAUUGUGUAAUGUCUAUGAUAAAACCGGCGACGGCAAUGGCAGCGGAGAGCCCAGAGCGGCCCAGACACAUGUUGCUGGUGAUAAGCAGCUGAAGGGGAAUGCUACAGAGGCAACCGCUCACAAAUACCACAGCCGAAAUCUAUGCGAAACCGAGCAAACACAAGCCCAAACGGCAACAACAGAAACAGAAACAGAAACCUACCUGGCCAGAAACAACAGUCAGAGCCACAGUCAGAGCCACAGUCAGAGCCAGAGCCAAAGCCACAGCCAAGAAGAAGUGGAAGCAGCAGACGAAACGAAUAUACAUAAAAAUCAAGUACCAGCAACGGCGGCAGCAGCAGCAGCGGCAGCGGCAGCGGCAGCAACAACUAGAGCUGCGGCUGCGGCAGCGGCAGCGGCUCCUUCGGCCAUAACUCGUUUUGCAGUCGAAAAUGUUGGAAAUGCUGAAAAUGCCGAGAUUGUUGCCGCCGCGCCUAGAGAGCACCUAGUAGAGGAGGAGGCAACAGCAGAUCCCAAUCCCAGUGCCACAGCGAUUGCCAAGAAUUUGUCCUCCAAUCGACUUAUAGCGGGUACGAGGGCGAGUGCGAGUGCGAGUGCUAGAGCGAGGGCCACCACCAUGUCCGAGGAGGAGCACAAGUCGCACGGGGCAGUGGGCCACUUGCAGAGCGAAAGCUAUGCGGCCAGCAGUCCGGAUGAGGCCAGCAGCAGCAGCAGCGGCAGCGCCGACGAGGAUCAGGCGGCACAGAGCCCACGCAAGCUGGUGGAACGCAGCUACGAUGUGGCAGUGGCAAUGCAGGCGGAACUGGAGCCACAGCCGGAGCCAGAGAUGGAGAUGGAGCCGAUGCACCAUCACAGCACCACCACCGACAGCAGCAGCAGCAGCGACUCCAGCUCCAACUCCAGUUCCAGCUCGGAAUCGUGCGAUUCGGAUGACACGGGUACCGUGGCCGAUCGCCGGCCCAAACGGCGACGUUUCAACAAGGUGUUCAUCGUGAACCGCCAGCCGGGACAGGCUGGAAUCCGGGUCAGGGCCAGACGCAGCUCCUCCACGGAGGGGGAUUCACUCUCCUCAUCGGAGGCCAAUCUGGAGGACUCCUCCGACAACGAUACGGACACAGAGCGCACAGAUUGCGGCAUUGUAUUGAACUACGUGAAACCUCUGGGCGAGGCAGCACCCCUGGGUGGGGAGGAGGAGGAGGUGCAACAGCAACAGCAACAGCAACCUGCACGUGACGCCAACGCCAAUGCCUACGCCAGCGACGACGACGACGACGAUGAUGAAAGUGAACGAUGCCGCGUUGCCAACUCAAGCGAUGAGCUUGCCAACUGCAUUGUGGUGGUGGGCGGGCAGACGGACGACGCCGACGGCGUGGUGCUGCACGGCAUGCGAUCUCUGCCAGACGCGGAGCCGAUGCAAUCAGAGCGCUGCGACUUGGAGCUGGAGCUGCACAGCAUCUCCAACGAUGUCAACCGGCUGCUGGAGCUGCACAAGCAAAACUCUCAGCUGGAGAUGAAGCUGCAGCGACUGCGACGCGGCGUGGCCGAAAUCAAUGAGGAUCACCUGGUCUCCACAUCCACGUCCAUGGGCACUGCUGUGGCUGCCACCCUUCAGGGGAAGCCCGAAGAGUGCGGCCCAGAGGGUUGUUGGUCAUCGCCAGGUGGUAAUCCACCCGCACCCGCACCCUCACCAUCACCCGCUUCCCAUUCUCGGAAAAUCAUUGUAAAUGUUAAUUCUAAUGACGAAAGCAGCGAAAGAGAGACACAAGCAGAAGCAGAAGCAGCGAAACAAAACGCAAACGAAGCGAAGGGUAAACACAAUGUAAACGAAGAAGCCGCAGCGGCUACUCUCGGGUUUACCUGCCAUCAGCAGCAGCGGCAGAGGCAGCAGAGCCAGAAGCAGGUAAAAGCAAACAACGAUAAUAAAGUGGUGGCAGCCAUGGCAGAAGAGAAGGCAGGAGAGGCAAUCGGAGAAGAGCGACAAACAGCUGUGCACACAGAGCAGGCGACGGCGGCCGAGGGGGAGGAGGAAUGCAGCGAAGCAUGCAAAAAAAACUCUCUCGCACCUGAACAGGUACUUGCUGGUGCUCGAGAGCCAGAGAGCGGUACCGAACGUUCGCGCUCGCUCUCUCGCUCUCGCCUACCUGUUGCUGCUGCUGCUCAGGGCCAUGCUGCUUUCGAAGUUGAACUGAAGUCGCUUUGCUCGUCAUUCGAACAUGAAAUGUUAAACGUUGCGGUCGAGGAGGAGCCGUACGCUCGCACACGGUUGUACCCCAACAACAACAACAACUAUAAUAAUAGUAUUGCUAAAAGCAACAACGAUAAUGGCCAUAAUGACGCUUUCGCAGCACACAAGACAAAAGACAGUGACGUAGUGAAUGUGAAUGGUCCGCCGCCGCCGAUGCCGUCCCCGUCGCCGCGUGUGUUCGAAAGUUGUGAAAACGACAGCGAUUCCGAUUUUGACAGAAUAUUCGGCUCACACACGAGUCCGAAUACCCUGAAUACUCCGACAACGGCCAGCCCAAGAACGUCGCCCGUGGAGGUGGAGGGCAGUGCCAGUCCCUCUGCCAAGAAUUCACUUUCGGCCAAGUAUCGCAGUCUGGUCAUGAUCACAAAAGAUAACGAAAGUGCAGCAACAGCAGCGAGCGAAACGCUAACGAAGGCCAGAAGCGAUUACGAAAGCAGCAGCAACUUUGGCCAGAACUCAUUUGGCGGUGAGUCAUUUCGCGCCAUUGAGGGCUCGGAUCGGGAAUCAUCGCGCGAUUCGUACAGCGUUGACUCCCUGAACGAGCCGGCGCCGAAGAACUCCCUGGACGAUGGCCUGGCCGACGACGACUCCUGGGUGGAAGAGCUGAGCCAGCACGAAAACGAAAACGAGGACGAUGACGAGGAUGAGAAUGUAAGCAAUGCCACAACGACCCCCACAGCCACCGAUUCCGAGGAUGCCGACGGGGAUGGGGACAUGAACAGGCGCCACACCUACAUGGACAGGGAGGAGGAGCUGCGCGGCUACAACAGAUCCGCCAUCGAUUUCACGCUGCACACCAUCGUGGAGGAGAGCUGCGAGGAGAGCGAGGUGGCCUCCAUCUCGGAUCUGGCCGAGCGUCGCCGUGAGCGCACCCUGCAGCACCAUCACCGCCUGAGUGCCUCCGAGCUGGAGAAGUACUUCUUCUUUGGCCUGGGAGACGGCAAAGUGAUGAGCUCUAUAGACACGAGGGGCGACGACACGGCCUCGGAGGUGAGCUCAGAGUGCUCCGAGGGCCUGGACUCGCUGCCGCACGACGAGGAGCAGCUCCUAGACGGGGGCCACAACAGUGCCACCGAUCUGGCCUCGUCGCGCCUGGAAAAGUACUUCCUCUCCGGAUUCAUGGGCUUCAGCGGCGCCGAGAAGCAGGCGGAGAGUGACGAGAGCGGCGGCAGCGUGGGCAGCGAUAGCGAGGGCCAUCCCAGUCCCAGCCAGCGGAGGAAGCGCCUGGUUCGAGCCCGGGGCACGCCACGCAGCCACAACUCUUCGCUGGACAACCUUCUGCUGCCGGAGACGGACACCCUGGAUGCACCCACCAACACGACGACGACGACUGCUGUGGAGGACUCCUCCGAGUCGGAGGCCGGAUGCGACGACACCGUCAUCCAUCUGGCCAAUGCCGGAGCCUCGGAUGGCUCUUCCUCGGACACCAUCAAGCGGAAGAAGCAGCUGCGCAAGCGCCACGACUCUCUGGACGAGAAGAAGCUGCACGAGGAGGCUUUGGCGCUGACUCUGACCCUCCCCGAGUGCCGCACGCCCACGCCCGGAUCGAUGGGUGGCAGCUCCAGCCAGGGCCAGGGCCAGGCCAAGAAACAGCAGCACCACCACAGCCGCGACAGCGGAUUCGUGGGCAGCAACGAUGACCUGCUGAAGGCGCCCGACUGUGAGCCCCCGAAAUCUCCGACUCCCGCCCUCGAACAGAUCAGCGAGGAUCGAGAGCCGGCGCCGGCACUCGGUCUGGCGAAGAUGGAGCUGCCAAGCACCUCGGCGUCGGCCAGCGGAGGGUCCUCCCAGCGGCCCAGAGUACUGCCUCCCGUGACGACCAGUUCGAAUCUGGUGCGGAAGGACAGCUUCAACAACUGGAGCUCCGACGAGGAGACCAACCUGAUGAUGAGCAAGAUGCGGCAGUUCUUCAAGACGCUCAUCGUGGCCACGGCCAAUGCCCAGCAGAGCAAGCCCACCACGCCCCCCACGCCCACGGGCACCGGCACAACAACGCCCAGCUCCCAGCGGAAGUUGGCCAAGACGCGACCCGCCCAAUUGGCCUACUUCGAGAACGAACUGACGCGCCUCAUGAAGACCGUGCCGGGCAUCAACGACGAGCAGGUGCGCGAGAUCGUGGAGUACCUGAGCAGCGAGGACACCUGGUCGGACUCGUACGACUCCUCGGACUACACCAGCUCCGAUCUGGAGCAGGGCGGCGAGCGCAAGGGCCACCUGAAGGCCCAGAUCUCGGCCAGCUGUCAGCAGAUCAUCAACAAGUUCGAGGUGGACGAGGAGGGAGACCGCGGCGACGGAGGACUGCUGGACGAGGUGCAAAGUCUGCACGGAGACACCGCCUUGGUCUACCAGAAGCUGGUGGCCUCCUUCAGCAAGGUGGCCGUGGGUGCCGCCGCAGCGGAGACACAACCAGAGUCCGCAGAGAUGGAGGCGAAGGAUGAGGACCAGGAUCAGGAGGCAACGGGCAGCACGGAGCAGCGUUCGCCACAGCUCUUUGCCAAGGUGAUGCAACACAUCGGCACCCGUCUGGUGGCCCUGAUGCACGAGGUGAGCAGCGGCAACGAGACCCCCACACCAUCGCCGGCCACGGGCCAGGGACAGGCGCGUCACCAUCGGCGACUGCAGGCCAAGAUCUCGGCCACGACGACGGAGGAUGAGGAGGACGAGGUGGAGGAGCAGCUGCGGGCCAUGCCCAUCAAGCAGCUGAAGCUGCGCAGCAGAUCCCACGACCUCCUCCUGGACGGACCCCACACGCACAGCCAUGCGCAUCCAUCUGGGGUGCAUCAUGCAGCAGGAUCGGCACCAGGAUCCGGAUCUGGAGGCGGAGCACCCGGAGACAAUGCCGGGGAGGAGUGCGGCGUGGCCAGCGACUACGAGCGGUUCUCGUGGCGCGGCAGUUUUGAGUCGGCAUUACUGGCUAAUGGUGACAGCAGAACGAGGCUCAGUCAGCUGAGUCAACUGGACAGGGACAACUCGUCGUCUGCGUCCGCUUUGGCAGUGGCAAAGCGCCGAUCGGCAGGCGACCUCCUCUUCAGUCAGCACCAACAGAGCCUCAGCCGCGAGCAGCUGGACCGCGUCCGCUCCUGCGGCAGCAUAGGCGGCGGUGACGCCCACCAUCACCAGCUGGAGGCCUCUCCGGCCAAGCCGUGGCUCUCCUCGGCGGGCUCCUCCCUUGGCGGUGACUCCACCAAGGAUGUGCGUCGCUCCAGCGUCCCGGAUGCCAUCUACGAGACGGACUCCAGCGAUGAGGGUGGCGCCCAGAGCCAAUUCAGCGGCGCCCGCUCCACCCUGCCCCGCAGCCUGACCAGCGGCGGCCAAGUGGCCAGCACCAACUCCCUGCCCCGGCUGCCCACCUCCUCGGUGGGUGCGGCCGGGGUGCCCAUCACCAGCACGCCCAAAACCAAGUCGCAGAGUGCCCUCAACCACACACCCUCCUGUUCCUCCAGCAGCGCCAAGAGCGCACGCUAUCGCUCGCCAGGCCUGGCAGCCCGGGCCGCGGCUGCCAACAGCAGCAGCAGCAGUGCCGCCGGAGGAAUGGGAGGGGCUGCAGGUGGCCCCAGUUCUGGCUCUGGCAGCAAAAAGCUGGGUGCGGGCUUCCAGUUCCUGUACUCGAAGCGCGAUGCGCGCAAACGUCUCAACAUGUCAGCGGAAGAGGCCAAAGUGGCCGCCGAGGAGCUCACACGUUCGCCGGUGAUUGGACAGCGGCAGGCGGCGGAUCAGGCCACCGCCAACGCCAGUCCCGUGCACUCGCGGGCCUCCAACGAGGCCUGGCCGGUGCAGUCGGACGAGGACAUCGAUCGUCUGGUGGCCAUGCAUCAGAACCGCAGCAGCCUCAGCUCUUUGGGGGUUCGGUCGGAGUCCAUGGCCAGCGUGUACUCCGGUGCCGGCGAGGGUCGCUACGGCACUGUGGUGGUCAAGGGUCAGGUGGAGUUCGCCAUGCAGUACAACUAUAAGCUGGCCGCUCUGGAGAUCCAUGUGGUGCGCUGCAAGGAUCUAGCCGCCGUCGAUGCCAAGCGCAACCGCAGCGAUCCCUACGUGAAGGUAUACCUGCUGCCGGAUAAAUCAAAGGCCGGCAAGCGCAAAACCAAAGUCAAGAAGCACACUCUCAAUCCCAUCUUUGACGAGACGAUGCGCUUCCACACGCCCAUCUCCAGCCUGGAGUCGCGCACCCUGUGGCUGACCGUCUGGCACUCGGACAUGUUCGGGCGCAACGAUUUCCUGGGCGAGGUCUCUGUCAAUCUGCAGGGACGCGUCUUUGACAAUCCCCAGUCGCAGUGGUAUCUCCUCCAAGAAAGGAGCGAACCCUUCGACGAGGUGGCCACCUACAGAGGCGACAUUGUCGUGGGCCUCAAGUACAUUCCCCCCGAGAAUCUGAAGUCGUCGUUCUUCUCGCGCGGCUCCUCCCUCACGGGCAGCUCCUCGAAUCUGCGCAAAUUUGGGGGCAGCAUCAAGUCCGUGGCCUCGAAAUCGGACCGCAGUGCCAAGGGCGGACAGCUGCAUGUCCUGGUCAAGGAGGCCAAGCACCUGAGUCCCAUCAAGGCCAACGGCAGCUGCGAUGCCUUCUGCAAGAGUUAUCUGCUGCCGGACCGCACGCGCAGCUCCAAGCAGAAGACCCCAGUGGUGAAGCGCACUCUGCAUCCCAGCUGGAACUACACCUUUGUGUACGAGGAUGUCUCGCUGGAGGACUUGUCGGAGCGCGCCCUGGAGCUGACUGUCUGGGAUCACGAUCGGCUGGCCAGCAACGAGUUUGUCGGCGGCAUACGCUUCUCCUUAGGCACGGGUCGCAGCUUUGGCCGCCAGGUGGAAUGGAUGGAUGCCACUGGCAAGGAGCUAUCGCUGUGGCAGAACAUGCUGGAUCGACCCAAUUUCUGGGUGGAGGGCAGCUUGGUGCUGCGCUCCAGUCUGGACGGCAUUCGAGCCACGUUGCCAUAGGCCCCGCCCCCGAUCCCGCACCCACUUGCAUAUUAGUAAAUUAUUUGCUAGAAUCCACAGUCCACAAUCCACAAAGUUGCAGUUAGAGUUUGCCCAUGGCACAACAUUGUAUUGUAUUGUAUUGUAUUGUAUUUGUAUUUGUAUUUGUAUUGUAUUAAUUAUCGAUUAAGCUUCGAUAAUAGCGAUAACGAUGAUUCUGAGAAGCAUUAUUAGUGUUCUAAGGCAAGGGGCAGUCAGAUACAGAUGGCCCUCAUCAAUUGAUUGUUGUUUGUUUGCACGUGGCACAGCUCCACAGCACAGCUACAUAGGUGUUUAAGUUUAAGUGUGUACUGUAGGAGGAUGAUUCCUGAAUACUCGAAUAUGGCCUCAAUACGGCGAUGACGCUGCACGUACCCCAGACGUAAAUAAAUCAAGCAAACAUGGCAAAAACCAGAGCAAAGCGUUAUCACGUUAUGGCACUCCUCGGCAGCGCAGUUCUCAGCGCUAUUCGAAGAAGAUAAAAACAAAAACUGUAAAGCAGUAAGCAAAAACACCAUGAGAACUAUGAUGAUGACGCAGCCCAAGGCUGGGCUGCCUAGAUAUUAGCUCUACAAUGUACUAUGUUUAUGUGUCUUCUAUCCACCCUCUCCCUCUUUGAGAGGCACUUGCAAUUCGCAUACUGUAUGCACCUAAAGCAACAACUAAAAUAUAACUACAACUAAAACUAGUUAAAACGAGACAUAAGUGUACCAUGUAUAACUAUCCAUAAUAUGCGCGAAAUACAAAUAACAUUUUUUGUAAA